AUGACUCAACAGGUUUCUUUAAAUGAAACCAAGCUAACACUAUCUCAAAGGUUUACAAUGCUAACGACGUUUACAGAAGACCCUAUUCAAAAAUAUUCUUCAGAUAAUGCCUUGCUAGAUUGCUCUUCAGAUGAUACUAACCUAGGUUGCCCUUCAAAAGAUUUUAGCCUAGGUUGCUCUUCAGAAGAUACUAGUCUAGUUUGCUCUUCAGAAGAUACUAGUCUAGAGUGCUAUACUGAAGAUACUAGCCUAGGUUGCCCUGCAGAAGAUACUAGCCUAGAUUGCUCUUCAGAUGGUACUAGCCUAGAUUACUCUUCAGAUGAUGCUGUGCAAGAUUAUUCUUUAGAUGACAGGAUGCAAGACAACUCUUCAUCCAAUAUUAUACUUUCCAAUUCCCCAUAUCAAUCUGAUGAACAGGACAGUAAUUAUUCAAGCGACCUCGAAAUAGUUAUUGAAAACCCGGAAGCGGUGGCUACUUACGUAGCGUCCAUCUACACUGCAGCUUGUAACAACACACUGAACGCCAUAGACAAGAGCCGCAUCAACGAACAAAACAGCGCUGGGGAGACGCCGCUGAUGAUCGCCGUCAGAGAACAAAACCCCACGGCCGUCACAAUGUUAACACGACACGGCGCGGAUUUAGAAAUAAGUAAAGACCCAGACGGUAAAUUUACCGCCUUGUCUUUGGCAGGCGCGAAGGAACACGUCGAUGUUGUUAAGACUUUAGUCGAUCUAGGAGCGCGCGUGGAUUGUAUGAAAUCUGGAACUAUUUUAAAUAUCGCGCGAGAGAAUGGGUUUUUAGAAGAUAUUGUGUACCUGGAGAAUGAAUUCCGACGACAUGAAGGACUGGAAAGUUCGGCGUUGUAUCUCGCGGUUGAGGUAGGAGAUCUUGAAACGGUGCAGGCUCUGGUCAAAUGUGGGGCGGAUUUAGAUAAACUGGACAAGUUUGGUCAGACAGUCCUGCAGCGUGCCAUCAAUUCCCAGCACACGGACAUUGCCGAGUGUUUAAUUCAUGCUGGGGUCUACUUGGACAGCAAGGAUUUUUAUGGUCGGACGGCCUUGUCGCAAGCUUGUUUAAAUGUAACCUCUUUAGAUUUAGACGACGUAGAAAACGACGAUGGCAAAAAUGUGAAAUUAAUUAGUUUACUUCUUCAAAAAGGCGCCGAUCCUAACAUAAAAGAUAUUCGUGGGAGGUCCUUGCUUUUCAGAUCUCUAGAAAAAAAUCAUCUGGAUUUGGCCAAUGUUUUGAUUGAAGGCAACGCUGACGUCAAUAUAGCCAACGAAGUAGGAGAGACGCCAUUGAUUAUUGCUUUGAGUAGAAACGACACAGAUAUGAUAAAGAACUUGUUAAGAAAAGGGGCCGAUGUUAACUUAUACGGAGGGAAAUUUCUUCCAAAUCCAAUCGGUGUGGCGGAAACAGGAAAUGUUAAGCUGAUGAAAUUGUUUCUACAACACAAAGCAGAUGUAGAUGUUACAGUAAAUGGGGUGAACGCCCUUUUUAUUUCCAUUGAGAAGAACGACACAAACAUGUGGGAACUUCUUGUGGGUAACGGGGCGGGGCUGGACGCUUUCAACGCCCGGGGGGAGACGGCCACGGAGCAGACGUCGAUUGUCUAA